CAGUAUAAGGUGGCGGCAACGGGGUGGAUUGAAACACUUCAAAAACGAAGUCACCCUGCUCCUAUCAUAAGAAUGCCGCAGUGAAAACUAAGCUUUAAGACAGGUUUUUGAGACUGCAUCUUUAGUAAGCAAACUGAAAUAGACUGGUAUUCGAAAUAACGUAUGGGGCCAACACUGUGAAUUAGCCUUCCGCUUGGUAAACGUUUUGUUUUGAACUUUUCUUCUGAAACCCAGUUGUCCGGCUACAAAAGGACACAGUCAUCACUUUAUACAUACACAUUGGAAUGAGAUUUAUGAAAAUCAAACAGCAAAAGUCAAGGCCUUGUUCAUUCCAGAUGUCUUAUCCGUGGAUUUCCUAACAAAGAUCGUACAAAAUGUAUAUUGCAUAGUUAUUCCAGCUUUUCACGGCUUCCAUAUGUCGUCCCUUUGUUUUGUGUGUGAGCUUCCUAUUCUGUCUCAUCAGCUUUGGGGCACAUGGCAAGAUUGUUCUCCGCCAGACACUGACGAAGAGUCCGCUGAUGAAGUGGACUUCCCAUUACCUUUUACCGGAGGACUUGAAGAGCUUGUUGCUAGGGGAAACGUGUACCACGAAGAAUGUUUGACGUGUGAUACUUGCGGCGUGUCUUUAAUGGGCUUCAACUUCUCUCAAGCUCGACGGUUUCACAAUAGGAUCUACUGUUUAUUGCACUAUGCCGAUGUUGCUGGUCUUGCCAGAGGAGAGGAAUUCAUGCAGAAGCUCCGGCGAUUUAAAAGCCAGAGCCUUGGCUGUGCUGAAGCAAGACGGAAAAGCUCCACAACUUUGAUAUUUCCAGUCCCUGCUCAAGCAUGUCCAGGUAGUCCUUGCAGAGGUCAUCCUCAUUUUGUCAAAACCACUCCUGGCUACUGGGUAGAAUGUAGCGGGGAAGAUCUUACUGAACUAGAGGAAUCUGUUCCAGCUUCCGAAGAAGGAGAGGAGGAGAAGUCUGAAGGAACCAAACCUAGAGGAAGCCAACAACAGAACACCGACUCUGCAGAGAUGGAAACGUUUCAGUUGACUUCAAUUGAAGAGGAAACGUUUGAGAAACAUUUCUAUGGAACAGAACACUGGAAUUAUUUCACCAACGAUGAAGACUUGGGUCCAGUGAUAUUAAGUUUUAAGCAGGAGAGCAUUAACAACAGGGACCAAUUCAGAAUAAUGUUACGAGCUGUAAGCUACACAUUGCACGGCCUUGUACCCGCUUCUUGUGUCUGCGCCGACCGUUACGACAGAGAAGCAGUUGUUCGAUCUCUUGGGCGCGAAGCCAACCUUAAACCACCUUUAUUGCUGGGACAGUUGCCAUCAACUCCAGAUGAACUGCUGAAAAUUGAUAAAGUGUUUAUAAAGUCGGAAUUGAAAGUAGGUGUGAUCUACGUCAAAGAAGGACAACUGACAGAAGAGCAUAUUCUGGACAAUCGAAAGCACAGUGUUUUGUUUGAGGAAUUUCUGAUGGUAUUAGGUGAUCGAAUUCGAUUAAAAGGUUUCGAUAAGUACAAAGGAGGUUUGGAUACUGUGCACGAUCUCACUGGGACGGAGAGUAUAUAUACUUGUUGGAGAGGGAUCGAGAUUAUGUUUCACGUCUCCACGUUACUCCCUUACGAAGAAAACGACGCUCAACAGCUUCAGAAGAAACGCCAUAUUGGAAACGAUAUAGUCUGUGUGGUGUUCCUAGAAGCAGACAGUACGGUGUUUUCCCCUGCUUGCAUUAAGUCACAUUUCCUACACACCUUCCUCGUCGUCAAGACAAGUCCAACCCACCGCACAUUUCCUACAGUGUAUGAGGUGUCUGUGGUUUCUCGAGAUGAAGUUGGAUCUUAUAAGCCUUACCUCAGGAACAGAUCAGUAUUUGAUAAGGGUCCGCUCUUCAGAGAAUGGUUGCUUACGAAAGUGGUUAAUGGUGAAAGAGCUAGUUAUACGGCCCCUAAGUUUGCUCGAAUGCAGGAUCGAACAAGAAGUCAGAUGCUAGAAGAUGUGGUCACAAAUCUCCAAAACCAUGCUGAGACUGGUCAGAUACCAAAACCUUAUAGACGAGGAUCCUGGAGACCAAUUGGUCAUAUGCGUCCCUCCAGCCCUCUACUGGACAGCGUUAGAGAUUCUUUUGAAGGGCACGAACAACUCGCUAAAGAUUUUACAAAAGCAUUCCAGGAAAACAGACACCUUUGUGACGUAGUUUUCAACGUAGGUCAAGGAAAAGACAAAAAGAAAGUCUACGCUGUUAGAGCAUUAUUAGGAGUUCGUAGCAGAGUUUUUCUGGAGAUGCUCUAUGGAUUUAGUACUGGAUUAGGAUCUACAUCCAAUACCCUUGAUCCAAGCAGCAAAAUAACAACUUCAUCCAGAAGCAAGUCAAGCAACUUUCUCCAGGUGCCGCAGAUGCAUGAGCCACGGAACAAGAGUGUUCCCUCUAGCCCUAUGGUGUUCCGAGCAUUUUCUCGGCUCGGCAGUUGGGCAGGCUGGGGUAUGGGCAGUAGGAGCAGUAGCAAGGAUCGACUUAGUACUGACAGCGGCUACUCCAGCGGUGGGCUGAAGCGGUGGCAAAGUGGCAACAACAAAGACAAAUCUGACAAGGAAGAUAACUCCAUGGUAUGCGAUUCUGGAGUUGCCUUGAGCAUGUGUGCAGAUGCUCACAAAGUGGACAGAAAUAAACUUUGCCAAUCAGAGUUUAAUAUAAUUGAGUUCGAUUGCGACACAUUCCAUACGUUGAUUGAGUACCUCCACACUGGCUCUUGUAUCUUGACAUGUAACUCCAUUCCUGGCCUUAUAUGCGCAGCAGAGCAUUACGACCUACCAGAGCUCCUCCAAGCUUGUUUCCACCACGCCAAACAACAUUUGCGCUUAACAGUGGUGUGCUCCAUGCUAAAUAUCUUAGAGAACUACUACUGGCGAUACAACUCAGCGUCAGAAUUAGUAAACAUGAUACUCAUGUUUAUCGACACUAGGGCGGCGCAGCUAUUCUCGCGCCAAGAGUUUUUUGUUCUUUCUGAAUCCAUGUUUCAAAUGGUGAUCGGUCGAGAACUGAACAUUCCCGAAGUUCGAAAGUUUGAGGUGAUGUUGCAGUGGGCAAAGAACAAAGUCCAGAGGAACAAUCGGCACAAUCCCUGGGAGCUUCACUGUACAAUGAACAGACUGACCCGUGACCUAAAAUUGUACAAAAUACCUCCACAGGAUCUUAUAAAGGUGGUCCUACCAACAAAGACAAUCAACAAUGAACGAAUCUUGGAAACACUAUUGUAUCAGGCCGAUACGGGAAUGUACCGUAUCCAACCGUCCUACUUGGAGGAGUGCCGUAAUGCUGAGGAUAUCGGUUACAAUCAAAAUGAUAAAUAUCACCAGACAUCUCAGACGGGGCGGUUGGAGAGGUAGAGAGUAAAUUCGCCACCAGAUGGUAGAUCAAGUCUUUCAAGUAGAAUGGGUUGCUUUUUUCUGGGGCACUUUUAAUCUCUUUCUGUAAAUAAAUAUGUGUAUGUUAUGUGCCAAAUUGGCCCUGAGUACGUUGUUUGAGCAUGUAUUGAUGUGCUUCCACUUAGUUUUUGUAUAAAAAUAGGUGUCUAAUUUUGUAAUAAUAAGUCACUGAAGGCCGAGAACUUUAGCAGACAAAUGUGAACAUUGUUUUAAAUUAAAUGAAAAUUUUACAUACUUUAUAUUUAUAAAGAGAGAGAGAGAGAUUAAGAAAUUUAUCGUGAAGUUUGCUAAAUAUCACAUCAGUAAAAUUGAUAUAUCACAUAUAUAUAUAUAUAUAUACAUAUAUAUAUAUAUAUGGUAGAAUAUAUAUUUUACAGUCAAUAUUUAAAAAUGAUUUGAUAAAUCGGAAAUUAAAUAUUGUUGUCAAACUGAAUGGAGUUAUUAAUUCCUUAAAACGCCCUGAGUAAUGCUACCAAUACUACUGAUAUACUUUGAAACUAUUUCAAACUGAGUGUCAAUCUUCACCCUUCUCUAUCAUAAAAAGCCUCUUAUUUUAUGCCUCACUUCUAAACAAACUUAUUAUUAUGUUUAUAGAGAUCUUAAUGUACAAUUCUAUGUAUUCUUACUGAAAGUUAAUACACAGAAGACAGUUAUAAUGAAGUUUAGAAUAGAAACUAACUUUACAAUAUUGUAUAACAAUAACUAGAGUUAACUUAACCUCAGGCUAUUAUUUUUUGUGACUCGGGCAUUAUUCAUCCGUAAUAAUUAAAGAGUACAAAAUUCUUUCUGUAUCACAUAGUUUAACUUCAAGAUUUGAGUAUAUCAGUUCAGUGGCAGAAAUAAUCUCGACAAAUAUUUGCAUAAUAUUCUUAGAACUCACAAAUUCACUCAUAAUGGUAAGUUACGAAAAUAGAAACGCGGCUUAUCGGCAGAUUUGACACCUUUUUAGUAGUCCUAUAAAAUGAGAAAAAAAAAAUCCCACCUUCACAAGUACUCGUGCCAUAUUUUUAUUCUUUAUCUUGAGGAAUCCUAGUUUGUAGAGAAAUUAAAUUGAAUAAAAUUAUUUUCUAGUACAAAUUAAUUUUUAAAUAAACUAAUUUAUAACUUAUUUGCAACUUUGUUCCUGAAUCUUUUCAAGGAUAAACUUUACUGUGCCACAUAUGUGAUGUAAUAUCUUUACGGAGAGUUUUGUAUUUGUAUUGUCAGAUCUAAUUGUUAAAAAAUACUCUUUAUAUCUAUAGUGGUUCGUGGAUAGAUAACAAUGUGUGAUGUAUAUUGUUGAGUCUGUACGUUGUUAUAGUGAUCAUUAUUGCAAUCUGUUUAUACCACACGUGCCUGUAUUUGGUAUUUACACAUGCACAAAUUUUGUCAAGUGAAACUAUUUGUCGUUUGUAAAACUGUGCCUUUGUACACUUGUGUUUUGACCCAGUUAAAUUGAUAAAAAGGUGGCGCAUGCGGUGUUGAUGUCAAUUAAUUGGCAAUGAUAAUGUUUGUAUCAGUAUAUUGAGUGUUAAAUAUGUAUCGUUGCGAAACUCUUAACACUAUAGAUGAACAAAUAUAACUUCUGUUAGCUGUAAUUAAGCUACUUUUUAAUUGAAUUUGUUGAAGUUCAGAUGUUUCGAACAAACAGUAAUUUUAUUUGCUUCAAUAAAAAUAUUUAGAAUAAUUCUGAAACUAAUGUAUUUUAAACAUUAGAAUUAUAGGUGGGUAUUCUGUACCAUAGUUUUAAGACUUUUGAAAGACAAAGAUAUCAUUUAAUUAAAAACUAGAAGAAACUUGUGAACUGAUAUCCAGCAAAAGAAAUCUUACUUCUACUUAAGUUUUAGGAAUCUUUACAAUCAAUGUAUUAUUUAUAAUUGUAGAAGUCAAAUUAAAAAGCUUAAGAUUACUACUUUCACUAUUAUAUGCCAUUUUUGAGAAUGCUCGGUUGUGUGCACUAAUAAACACAUCAAAUUUGUUUGUUUUCCUUCUCCCACAUGUGAGUUAUUUAUGAACAUUUGUUUUAAUUGGUGUUUUGGUUCAGAAGGUGAAGGUGUUUGGAUAGCGCCCAUUAGACUUUUUUAAAAUUUUGUUGUUUAGCAAAAAGCUAUACAAAUGGGUUGUAUGUGCUAUGCCCACCGCAGGUAUCGAAACCAGAUUUUUAGCGUUACAAGCCCCCAGUCUUGCCACUGAGCUCCUCAUUUGAUUAAGACAGAAUAUGCCGAAACGUCUUCAUCUCAUAGAGUUCCUUUGACUUGCAGGUUUCCUCAUAUUUAUGUAUUUCAUUUUAUGAUAACGUAAUAUUUGUUGUCGUAUCACUUAAUUUGUUCACGUGUUUACAACGCAUUAUUUAUUGAAAAAUCACCACAGAUAUUAAUAUCACGUAUUUCCUCUUACAAGAAUUCUGGAGAAAUUUUGAAGGUAGUCCUUUAUAAAUGACAACAUUUAUGAAUUUUUAAACGUGAUUGUUUUGCUAACUUAAGGAAUAUUCAUAGCAACGUUUUGUUUUUUUAAACACCACUACCUAUAAAAUGUAAAAACCAAACGUCAUAGGAACUUUAACGAAAAGCAUAUUAUAUACUGAAAUUAUUGUUAUGCUUUACCAACUUAACACGAACUUCCCUAAUCUAAAUAAACCUUCACAUAUUCGCUAGACUUAAUCUUGGAUACGGCUUUAUUAUAUAUAUCUGUGAACGUUUGAUCAAUAACUAAUGUGUCACGUGUAUGUUAAAAGUUGAUAUUUGUAUCAUACUACAAAUUGUGUUUUUGUGUUUCUUGUCUUUGAUGACGAAGUAGAGAAAUUCAUAUUGAUAAUAUUGACAGGGAAAGAUUAAAAUAAGUAGUUAAGAAGUUAAAAUAAUAAAUAUGUUGUCUAGUAUAUAUAUAUAUAUAUAUACAGAUGUAUGUAUGUAUGUUUAUAUUGACCAUACUAAAAAUGCAUAUACCCAUACAGGACGAACUAGCUAUCCUACGAGUAGACAAAUAUAAUGUUCUGUAAGUCUAACGAUCGUUCUGAUUCUAGAAACUAGGAUAUGAUAUGAAAAUAUUACUCCUUUUUUUCCUUCUUUUAGCUUGUAAAACAGAAAUUAUUACAUGCAAAUUAUUUUCGACAUGCUGUGCAUAAUAGCCUUUGGGAAUUAUUUCUCUCUGUUUCGCGAUUAGCCUGACGUCUAGCUGACGUGUUUUAGUGUAUAUGUCAUAGCUUAAACCUUAACGUUUAUGAUCAGUUUGGUCUCUGUACAGGUGUAUGUUUUGUAUAUUCUUGGUAAGAGCAUCAGGAAAAGAGAAUGAUAAAAAAUUAAAUAAUUAACUGUAUAAAUCAAUAAGUAUAGAAAAUUUAAGAUUAUAUUAGAUAAUUCUCAGACAAAUAAUGGUGAUCUCAAAAUGUCUUGGAAACAGAAAAUAGCUUAUUUGUCACUGACUCAGUCCGUCAAUCACGAUGUUUCUUUCUCUAUUUGACAUAACUGAGUCAAGACGUGAAAAAAGUGCCCUUGGUUGUAGACAUAACUUAGUCCCGAAACAAACUUCAGAACUGAAGAAAGUUUCAGAGAUCAAUUUUCUCAGCCAGCCAUUUCUUAUGGUCAAAAGGCUUUUACUUGUAUCUUAAGAAACUUUUUGAAGUAGUAGAUCUGACAAAUAAUCAUUCUUUGAUAAACAAUCGCGUUAAUUUUUGUAAAUUGUUGUAAAACUGCACCUGCGUAUACUUGCAGUUGAAGCAAUGUAUUAGUAAAUAUUAUGGAUUUUUCUUACAACAUAACUAGAUGAAAUAAUUUUGAUUACUAGAAUAGAGUAUAAUUUCUUAUAAUUAAAAUGUAAAUUAAUUUUAUAACGCCAAUGUGAAGAGGAUUUUUAAAUUCAAUAUGAAAGAACUACAAUGCUUAUUAGCUUGGAACAUUUCAUUACGGCUGUUUAAGUCAACUGUUGACAAUCUACUCUAGAUUUAUAGCAAAUCAUAGGAAAAGAUUUCUUUACAUAUAGUGCAAAAAUUCAUCUAUUGUUGAUACUAAAGUUUUUAUGGUGUCAUGUUGACAAAUCCUGGAAGUUUUGUAGAAGUUUCAUGGUUGAAUAAUAUAUUUGUGAUCUUCGUUGUAUCAUGUGACUAUCAAAAUGUACUUCUGGAAGUGAAGUGUUUUCUAGACUGAAUAUUGUAAUAAAUGUUAUUUUUGGAAAA